AUGAGUACUAGAACUCCAAUACCUACUUUCAUUCUAAAAACCUAUCAAAUGCUCGAAGUAAUCAAGUGUUAGAAUUUAUUAAGGAACCUAAAAAUAGUAAUAUUGUUAGCUGGACUGCACAAGGCACUGCUUUCAUAGUUUACAAUCAGUAGCAAAUGGAAAAAUAAGUGUUAUAAAAUUUCUUUAAACACAGUAAUUACUCUAGCUUUGUGAGGUAUAUGACAAAUAAUAAACAUCUUCUAGAUAGUUAAACCUGUAUAAUUUCAAGAAAGUUCGAUCAAAUGAAGGGUAAAUUUUUAAGCACAAAUGCUUCAAAAAAGGAAUGAAGUAAUAUUGUUACAAGUAUUGUAGAUCCAUGUUACAAUUUAUAAAAAGAAGAAAUCAAGAAGACAUUCAGGCACCUCAAAUAUAAGAAGAACCAAGUAUUAUAAUCAUAGUAUUUUGUAGCCAUAAAUAUCAAAGAGGAAUAAAACUUGUUUAAAGAAUGCGCCCUUGAUAUAAAGGAAACUAAUAACAAAUUAAAAGAAGAUAUGAAACUAUUAUAAGAAACUUCAUCAUAUCUUAUUGAUUAAAUGCAGAAUUUAAAUCAUGUAUGAUAGAUAAUAUAAUAAGUUUGUUUACAAUCAAAGUGUUGACAUCGAAGUAAAAUUUAAAUAAGUUGGGUAGAUGCUGCAUGCCAUAAAUGAGGAAUUAAGAUAAGAAAGUAUUUCCUUCUCUAAUUUUAGAUAAAAGUGAUACUCAAACCAAUAAAUUGUUAGGUGACUAUAAAUGUUCAAAAGAAUUAGAUUUUUAAGAAUCAAAAAUCGGUUCUCCAAACCCAUACGUUGAUUAUAACAGCACAGCAUUAAAUCCUCUUGAUUAUGAGUGCUUCAUCGAUUCGUUUUUAUGACAUCUUAUAAACUAUACCAAG